AGAGUCAAUGGGUAGAAAAGAGCAGACGUUCUGUGCUCUCCAACCAGGACCAAGUUAACUACACUGGCUUACAACAGUUGCUUUAUUAUCCAUUCUACCUUUUGACUGAGAAGAAGAUGAGGGUCGUCAAUAUUGGUCUUCUGCUGGUUUGUGCAGCCUUUGCUCAGUCCUUCAAGUCUCAAGGUGGGGGAAGUCUGAGAGAGGAGGAGGACAUGUGGGGGAACUACCUAAUGGAAAGAGAUGACAACCAUGCCGAGAUCAAAGCUGUCCUUCCAGGUACCUGCUCUGAGUGUAAGGACAUCAUCAACAAGGUCAAGGCCAAGCUGAAUGGUGAUAAUGACAGGGAUAAGAUUGCUGCUAAACUGGACUCUGUUUGUCGCAGCUUGGGGAAGCUCAAAGGCAUCUGCAAGGGACUGGUCAAUAAAUACAAAGAACAACUGAUUGAUGCACUUGUCAGUGAUGUGGAUGCAAGAGUUGCCUGUAAAAAAAUGAAGCUAUGCAAAUGAGAUACCAUUUACCCAUGAUUGCCCUGGAUAUGGGUCUGAGCAUACAUGUUCUGUCUGUUUUUUUCUUCAGAUGAACACGCUGUCAUAGCUUAGCUUUACAUUAUUUUCAUACACAACUGUCUGGAUGGAAUGGCAGUCUUUAAAGUCACUUGUAUUGCUACUGCAAUUUUCAUUGAAUUAAAUACUGAAACUUA